AUGAAGGAACCAUGUUUCCGCUGCAAACGACCCACUUACUUCAAUGACAAGGUAUUUCUUAAAGUUUUUUAAGAGUUGAUAAAAUGAAGAACAUUUUCAGAUGGGACCACUGAAAGACGGAUCAAUGUUCCACAAGGGAUGCUUCAAAUGUUGGAUUUGCGGGACUCGGCUCUCUUUGAAAACGUAUCACAACAACAGAAAUGACAACACGGAUCUCGAGGUAUAACAACUUUUCAUCGAAAAAACGUAACUAAACUUUGAACGACUAUUGUAGAGUUCCGAGUGGGGCUAUCGACCGCAAAUCCAUUUUUUAAAAACUAAUUUUACUUGACACGAAGUACUGCAUUUUUGCAGUUGAUCGCACAGUAGCGCUUGGAAGUUAGUUGUUGUGUCCCAGCUUUCAAGCGCUACAGUACUCUUGGUAGUGGAUGUACAAAAAAGUGUUCAACUACAAAAAUACAGUACUGGACGUGAACUUUCACUUUGUAGUUGAUCACUUUUCUCUACAAUCACCCCCACGCUUUCUGUGCCGCUUGGAAGUUAGAGCCGGUUUUUGAGUGCUCUAACUUCAAAGGACCACAAUUCUCCGAGGAGUGGUCCUAGAAAAAAGUGAUCAACAACAAGAACACAGUACUAGAUGUCGAAAUCUCACUGAAAGUUUCGAAUAUUAUCAUUUUCAGGUAUACUGUGCCGGCCACGUGCCGACUCCCGGCCCACACGACCCGAUUCCACACCGAUCGAACCUACUGUUCUCGCCGAAGACAAAGGGCGAGUACCCGCACAAUUUGAUGCGACCGGCCGGACCCACAUAA